ACGGCCCGUCUGCCCGAGUACGAUGAGAUCAAUAGAGUCGCCGACGACAACUUCCGGAAAUUCAACGGCAAGCAGCUGGGCGACCCGGUCACGGGUGCCGAGAUCAUCUACGAGGUCGUCACCUCCACGGGCGUUGCCGAGGGCAAGGAAUUUCCUUCAUUUCUCCCGCUCCGCAGUGACGCCGUGGCAGAAAUAUCGAAAACGGCACAGAAAACUUUGGAUGACGCCCAGAAGUGCCGCCCCAUUAGUGCAUCGAGCGACUUCCCAGAAGGAGCAUAA